UGAGAAGGUUCGAGCUGCAGCGGUUUGGGAAAGUGGCUUCCACUGUAGAAUCAAAGUGCGACAGCACAGACUAGCAGCACAUUCACUGCCACACAGCGUGCAUGGCACGGCGCUGCAAUCAGUGAACCCAUGGGUGACGCAGAAGAAGCUGAGGCUUCCAAGCCGGAGGCCACCGCGGAUGCGGAUGCGAGCCCAGACGCGGCAGCCCCGGCUGACUCGGGCUCAGAUGCCGCAGCCGACGCAGCCGCCCCAGCUCCGACAGAGCCGACGGCAGAAGCAGCGGCCGAGCCUUCGCCAGCGGCCGAGCCUUCGGCAGCAGCCGAGCCUUCGCCAGCGGCCGAGCCUUCGGCAGCAGCCGAGCCUUCGGCAGCGGCCGAGCCUUCGGCAGCUGCUGCAGAGCCUGCAGCAGCCGAGCCCACGGCAGCAGAGCCAGGGCCAGUGGCAGAAGCAGCAGCAGAGCCCGCAGCGACAGAGUCCGCAGCAACAGAGUCAGCAGCACCGGCGACGGACGCGGCGGCGGCAGAGGUUUCCACAGCCAAAGAAGCAGCAGAUGUGCCUCCCGAGCCUGCGCCUGCAGCAGAAGCCCCCGCAGUCGCUACGCCGCAAAUUCCCCCGGCUUUGUACAUAGAGGCCAUGCCAGGGCAGACCCGCGUCCUGCUGCUGCAAGACAGAGGCCGUAGCAUCUCCGUUCGCGAGCUGGGACUUUCUCAUGGAGCCUUGCAGGACCUAGGCGUGAGCCGCGAUGGAGAGGAGGCUUCUGCUCUGCUGCAACGGCGCAGCGAGUUCGCGACUUGGCUCGGCGGUGUUCUGAAGCCCCUCAAGGAGAAAGAGCAUAUGGUGCAGGAGGUCGUCAUGGGGUUGCCCGCGUGGUAUGGCGACAUGGCCGAUGAUGACAAGGCAUCCUUCGAGGGCCUUUGGGACUCCAUGAGCCACCAGGUGCGUGAAAGCCUGGGAGCCGAUACCAGCUUUUCGAUGCUGCCGCUCUCCGAGGAGAACCAGGCAAGGCAUGAACAUCGUGCCAUCGUCUUUGCGGGCACCCAGGCGCAGCAGCUGAAGCCGGACUUUGCUGGUCUGGUGCUUGGACCAGUGGAUGCAGAGCUGCCUUGGCUCCGCUGCACCCGGGCAACCAAGACGGAGAGUGCGGAGAGCGCGGCUCUGCGAAUCUCCUUGUCGCUGGAGGAGGGAAAGCAGCUCAUCGAGGGUGGGAGCGAUGGCUUCUCUGCGUGGCAAGGUCAAUGUGCCGAGCGGUGCAAAGAAUCCUUUGCCGCCCAGACCGAGGUCAUGGCCGAGCUCUGUCGCUCAGCACCAGCGCCACAGGUGUGCGCUGUCGGAGGCAUGGCGCAGGCGGCAGCGCUGAUCGGUCUUGCGCGAUGCGUGGCCACCUUGCAGGAUGCCAAUGAGAAGAUGAAGGCGGCUUCGGAAGAAGAGGCUCGGUCCGCAGCGGACCGGGCAGCACUGCUUCGGGCCACCGCCUUGCUGGAGGCGAUCCAAGGUCUUGUGGAUGUCCCGCUGCAGGUGCUUUUUGCCCAAGACUGGGAGAUCGCGGGCACCAAGUUGGCCUCUUCCUGGGUGUCGUGGCCGGUGGGACACUAUCUUGCACGACCACGUCCUACCCAGGAGCCAGCACAGACUGAUGAUCCGCCUCCUACGCCACAGGGUGAUGCUGCUGCCGACGGUGAGCAGGCAGAGCCAGCAGAGCCGGCAGCUGCCGAAAAGGCACAAGAGGAGGCAUCGCAUGGUCUUGCGGACGAGGCAGUCCCCGAGACUGGAGAGGCGGAAGCAGCUGGAGCAGCUCAAGAGACCACGCAGGUGCCAGCACAGCUGUCUCCGCCACCGCCGCCCCCGACCGACACUUCGGAAGGGUUCGCUUCCUUGCUGGGCAAGGUGCGGAGAGCCCCUGGCCUCGUGAUCUAUGUCAUCGCUCCCACUUGGAGCGGCAGAGUGCCUUUGAGCAGUGCCGACUUCGGCGCGCUGCGCGCCGCCGCGGUGCAGAGCGACGCGACGGUGGUGCUCAGUGCCGGGAGUGGUGCUGUGGUGGAGGAGAGUGACAAGGUGAGGGAGUCCAACAGCCUCCUGCGCCCACUGGCGGACUUUGCAGUUCGUCGCUUCAGUCCUGCUGGCAGCAGCAAGGCCGGCUCUCACGACGUCACCUUCCAGCAGCUUUUUGAGGCCAUGGUUCCUAACGGCAAGGAGGCUGCGCGCCAAGGCCUUGCCGAAGGCCUCGCGAGUCUAGGCUUUCCGGGCGACUCGGUUCAGAGUCCGGAGUCCAGCGUCCAAGGCCAGAAGGUGGGGCGGCUACCCUUGGAACACAGGCGUCUACAAGGCAGUGGAGAGGCCGCUGGGUGGCAGCGAAGACCAUGCCCAUCAUGCUCGCGGAAUGCCAGGAGGCCCACGCCCUUCAUCAAGGACUUUGCACCGCGCCGUUGCGAGCUGCGAUGCCCGCCACCAGCGCAAGAGGUUUCCACAGCCGAAGCCCUGAACCAGGACGGUGGGAAGGUCACAAAGAAAGAGUUCUGUGAAAGCCUAGCAAAUGCGUUUACGCAGCCAGAGAUGGUGGUGGUGUGCCCCAAAGACUCCCAGGGCACAACUUGGCCCUCAGUGCGAACAGCGCACUUUCCGGGCAAGGAUGCAUCAGGCGACGCUGCUUUGAAGACCAAGGUGGCGGAGGCUUGGAAAGCAGCAGGGCACGGUGGGCACGGUGUGGUGUUGGUGCUGGCGGCGCGGGGCCGCGCCAGUCUCCCUCCAGCUGAGUACGAGAGGCAAAUGCGCCUCGAGCUUCACGCAAUGGAAGGCCUCCCUGGCAGCUGGCCUCUGCUGUGGGCGCCCGGUCCAGCAGAGGUUGGACUUUUUCCGGUCCGAUGCCAAAGAGCAAACUGGGCGAUGCAACAGGCCUAUUUGCCGGAACUGCCCGGUUGGCUUCGAUAUCUCUUGGUGCUCCGCCCAGUAACUCCGCAAAAAUAGUACACAAA